CUGUGGUGGCUGUUGUGGCUGUUGUUGUGGCGGGUUCAUUUCUUUAUGUCCUGGUUUGCUCCGUCUCCUUUCGGAAUUUUCGUCAGGAUUGAGCCUGAGGUGACCACUCAGUUCCAAAAUCAUGUAAUUAGGAUGGAAAUUGAAAUGUUCACCCAAAGUCAGGAUUCCUUGACAAGAUUCUAAAACACUCUUUUUGCAAAAAGCCAUCUGAACCAGAUUUUUCUCUUGUGGAAAAUGACAAACUAAAGCUACCUUUGAAGGAUAUGGGUGAGAUAAAAGAAAAAGUUUUGAACUUGCUUGAAAAGAAAGAAGAUGCCUUUGAAAGACUUGAUGAUUUAUGGAGGGACAAAAUAGAUACCACAGGAAUAACAACAGUGAGGAAGCUUUUUGAAAGAUAUGAAACUGUGCACGGACCUCUAUCUACAGAUGAAUUAAAGGAUCUUCUCAGAGAUCUAGCAUAUGUGCAGAUAACAUGCCUUGUAUUUCCUCAGACCCCUACUACCAGUAAUUCAGGCUUGACAUUUGGAAAAGGUGUAGCUACAUGUAACGCCUUGGACGGGUCAAGCUUUAAGGCUGCCACAACAGGUUUUCAGUCAUCUCCCUCAAGGGUCCUGGUGACAGGACUAGACCGAUCGAGAGUAAAGUUACCGUCCAAGCCGGUAAGCCAUGACUGGUGUCCCGAAAAGACAUCUGGAACAAUGGAAGAGGCGUUGCAGAAUACGAGGGAAAAAAAUGAACGACUUAAAAUCAUAGUACGCCAGUUAGAGGAGGCAUUAGAGCGAGAGAAGGAAGUAAACAUUCAUUGUCAAAGCCAAGUUCGCUCUCUGCAACAAGAAGUAGUGGCAAAAGAUUGUGAAUUACGGAAUCAGGUCGAGGUCAUGCGUGUUGUUGUUGAGCAGUUGAGAGAAUCACAGCAAGCCCGAGGAAUGUUGGAGGCGAAAUUGCAGGGGGUUGCAGAACAAAUGGAGUCUCAAGAAAAACGUUAUGACAAAAAUUGUCAAGAAUUGAAAAAUCAGUUACGGGAGAAUAAACGUCUGCUGGAUAGAGUGACGAGCCUGGAGCAACAACUGGAUUUGGAAAGGUCCCACCGAGAGCGGGAUAGAGGAGAGUUUCAACAACAAUUACAACUGUGUGGAGAAGAGUUUCAACGACAAUUACAGCGGGAUAGAGGAGAGUUUCAACAACUAUUACAGCAGCAAAGCGCACGUCUCCAACAUCUUGAGCAACAUUUACAGCACGUAGAAAGGGUAGCAGAGGGGCGGCGCCAUGCUCGUCUCCAGCAGCCUGAAACACGAACCUGGAUCAUUCAACGCAAUGAAGUUGGCCUAAGCAACGAUGUUUUGGGUGAGGGGUCCUGGGGAAUUGUUCGAAAAGGAACAUUUCGUGGUAGCCCAGUUGCUGUUAAAGUGCUUCACAGGGUGAUUCUGUCAUCUCAUAAUCGUAGUCUCUUUGAACGUGAAAUGGAAAUUUCAUCCCGCUGUCGCCACUUCAAUAUUGUUCAAUUCAUGGGCGCAACAUUGGAUGAUCAAAAUCCUUUACUUGUGACAGAACUACUAGACUGUAAUUUGACACAACUCCUGAAGCAAAGGCAAUUGAACAGAGAAGAAAUACCGGUAGUCUCUCUCGCUGUAGAUGUGGCCCGAGGCUUAAACUAUAUGCAUUGCAAUCAACCUCCCAUCGUGCAUCGUGAUGUUAAAAGUGACAAUGUACUUCUUAAGAGGUGGGAUAAUUCGUGGAUAGCCAAAGUGUCUGACUUAGGAGCAGCCAAUUUUCGUCGUCUUGUUAUGACUCCUAGUCAGGGAACACCAUUAUACGCUGCUCCAGAAGCAGGCACUAGAGAAUACUCAGAGCUGGUGGACGUGUACAGCUUUGGCUUACUGGUUUUGGAAAUGUGUAUCCGAAAGUAUCCAGUACGUGGCCAGAUAGCUGACCAGAUAAAACACGUACCUUGUCCGAGACUUCAAGGGCUCAUAGGUCGUUGUGUGGAGCAAGACCCUGAAAGACGCCCAAGAAUGGGUGAGGUGAUCCAGGUCUUAACACAACUGAUGAGGUUAUGCUUGUUGCAUUUUUUGAUCUUGCAAGAAUGUAUGUCUUCAUAAAACAUUUUAAUAAUGAAUUAACUUUUAAUCAAUAUAUAGUAGAUACAUAGUUCAUUUUCGCCACUUUCAUACUCGGUUUGAAGAGCCAGUGAGAGAACAAAUGAGUAAUUGUUUGGUCACUGGAUGCUAAACUAUACUUCCUUGUAAUUACUAAAUUACCAUUGUAUUUACAAUCUGGUUUCAUGUAAAGCCAUUGUUUAAAUUGUAGCUUUUCUCAAUUUAGGAAUUUGUUGUAGAGUAGCGACAUAGUUAGUGAAUUAUAAGCAAUAUUGCCAUCAGACUGGCGUAGUUUCCAUAUGACCGCUGGCGAUUAUUCGGAGCAUGGCUUCAGUACUUAAGUCUCGUAAAGUCGUCGCGGAAUGUGUCAUAUCGUCGUGCAACAUGGUGCGUGAAGAAUAGCCCUACUUGUAUUUCCAUGUUUUGGUGACUUAGCCAGACAGAUGGAAACCAGCUAUCAAUUUUAUUUUCAUGUUAGAUAUUCCUGUAGCCAGAGAGUUAAAUUGUUGAGAGAGCGUUGUAGAAUUAUACAUGCGUCAGGUAAAAUUAUUUUAAUAAAACUUAAAAGUUAUAUUAAAAAUAAGAAGUUGAGAGACCACUGAGGUAGCUUUUUUUUAAAGUCAGUUUUAAAAUAGUCCAUUCGCUUUUUGGCUGAGUAAGACUGGGGUUAUCGUAACACAGUCAAGACUGAUUCACUGAUUCUAUCGUUUAUUGAAUUUAAUUCAUUAUAAAUGAUAAAUUACAUGAAAUAGGUAUUGGUGAAUACUCAGCUGUAAAUAUUGUGAUUUUGUUUUGUAAAAGCCUACUCCAAUCAGAAAUUUUUAAUAAGGUUAUAUUUUUUGUUUUGUAACUGCACUUGUCCUAGCUAGACAAUAAAGAUGGCUGUUAUUUUGUAUGUUUUGUUGAAAACAUUAAACUACAUGUCUAUCUUUCCUA